CACAACAAAAAAAUAAGUACAGCUGGUAAGUGACAGCUGCCUAAGUUUUAUUAGAUGUGUUAAGUAUUACGAAUAAAUUUUUAUUUUCUACCACGACACAUGGAAAAUUUGAUAUAACAUGUAAUAUCUAUUAUAGAAAUAAGGAAAAGUCCUUACCUAAAUUAUUAUUAAUCUAGUUAAGAAGAAAUAUACAAUGUUCUCUGCAUUUAAAAGAUUAGCUGGAAAGUCAGAUGGAGUUAACAAUGUAUCACCUAGACCAGCUCAUCAAUCUAUGCCAACAACUUUACAGAGAAAAUUUGCUAAAGGUGUACAAUAUAAUAUGAAAAUUAUUAUAAAGGGUGACAGAAAUGUGGGAAAAACUUGUCUAUUUCAUAGACUUCAAGGCCAAAAAUUUAUAGAAGAAUAUAUACCAACAGAAGAAAUACAAGUAACAAGUAUUCAAUGGAAUUAUAAAGCUACUGAUGAUAUCGUUAAAGUUGAAGUUUGGGAUGUUGUAGAUAAAGGUCGACGUAGAAAAAAAUUAGAAGGUUUAAAAAUGGAUAACUCACAACCCGAAAAUAUAAUCGAGGAACCUGCUUUAGAUGCAGAGUUUCUUGAUGUAUAUAAAGGGACCAAUGGUGUUAUUAUUAUAAUGGAUAUUACAAAAUCUUGGACAUUUGAUUAUGUACAACGAGAACUUCCAAAAAUUCCUAGCCAUAUUCCAGUAAUUGUUUUAGGAAAUCAUUGUGAUAUGUCACAUCACAGAACUGUUACAUCAGAUCAUGUAACAUACUUUAUUGAUUUAUUUCAUGAAAGAACAGCGCAAGUAAGAUAUGCAGAAUCCUCCAUGAGAAAUGGCUUUGGAUUAAAACUUUUGCACAAAUUCUUUAAUCUUCCUUUUCUUCAGCUACAGAAAGAAACACUAUUAAAACAGCUUGAAACUAAUGAGGAGGAGACACGUUUGACAAUACAAGAACUUAAUCUCUUUCAAGAUAGUGAUGAUGCCAAUUAUAACAAAUUCUUAGACAAUCUUGUUAACAAAAGAAGAGCACUAGCUGAUUCUGUUUCUGCUAGUAUUCUAGUCCCUAAUAUUACAUCUUCUUUAAGCAAUCAUAAUAUACUAUCUUCCUAUGGCAAUAUGAAUGUAAAUGCUGAAGUUAAAAGAUCAUUUUCCAUGCCUGGUCCUAUAGGAGGUGGAACUCCUAUUCCAGUAAAAAAUAUGGAUUUAAUAGUAUCAAAGAAAGAAAAUUUUAUUAAUACUUCCGAAAAUCAAGCAAUUUCUGUUAAAAAUUCACAAAUUACAUCAACAUUGUCUAGUACACAAAAUAUUUCAAAAAUAGAUUCUAAGAUAACUGAAUUUUUAAAUGAAAAUUCUGACAAACGAGAGUCAACUAGCAAACCACAGUCACUUAUGUCAAAGAUAUUUGGUAACAAAAAGGAAGACGAAGUAGACAAAGUAACACAUAUUAAUAACCCAAAUACAAAUGUACCGUUAACUAGUGUUGAAGAUUUUGUACCAGAUGAUGGAUUGUUAGAUCGGUCAUUUUUAGAAGAUAGUCAAGUUUCACCACAGAAAGUACAACAUGAAGAGUUAGAUUCCGAAAGUGAUACUGAAACUGCAAAUCCCUUAGUUGCUGAAUAUGAAGAUGAUUUAUCAUCAACUGAUGAAGCAACACCUCCUAUUCAACCUAAAUUAGCAGAAAAUCCACUAAGCAAACAAAAACACAAACGUGAAACUUUAUCACAUACAGAAAUAAAUGUGGGAAAAUUGCGGCAAAUUACGAAAUGCGAUUCUAUUUCAUCUAUCGACCAAGAAUUACAAAUAUCAAACAACUAUGACAUGAAUGAACAACAAGAGAUUAACUCGGACGCAUUUGAUAGUUGGCUUCGACGUGAUUCUAAAUGGAGACAAAGUCCUGAAGGUGGUGAAGAUGUAAGCAGUAAUAGCACCAGAAAAGAUAGAUUGGAAUUAAGUGAUAAAAGCGUAGACGUUAGUGUAACAAGUUCUAAUGUGCAUUUAGAAUUACUUGACAAUACUAGCGUACGUCAUAUGAGUUCUGAUGGUGGAAGCCCUGUGUUAAAAGAAAAAAAAAGACAUAAAGAAAAGACGGAAGAUAAAGAAAAGAAGAAAAAGAAAAAAUCGAAAGAUAAAGAAAAAGAUAAAGAGAAAAUAGAUAAAACAGAAAAAAAGAAAAAACGAUCGUUACAUCGUCCAAGAGAUGAAACCAGAGAACGCGAUGAACUUGAAGAAUUUCUCAAUGGUUCUGUAACUAGAAUUGAUGUUGAUGUUGCCUAUGAAGCAAUAUAGUAUUUUUUUCAUGUAACAUUUAAUUUUAUUUUUCAGUAAUACUGUCUUCUGGUAACGCAUAAAAAACAUGUUAUAACAUUGAGUUAUCAAUUUUAUAUUAAUAUUUGCAAAUGUAUCUUUUAUAAUUUUAAUUUCAUAGAUUAAUAUUCUGUGAAUGUGUAAUAUAAUCACAAAUGUAUUUUUGUAAAU